AUGGCUGGAGACAAAGUGGAACUAAACAACAUGGAGAAAGCUCUGAUGGAUAAGAUAGGACAACAUGAUUUGAGAGAGCCGAACCUGUUCGAGCGGCUCUUUCAGCCGUGUGUGGCUGAGCUGGUGGGGACCGCAUUCUUCGUGUUCAUCGGAUGUGUGUCUGUCAUUGAAAACGUGCCGGACGCCGGCAGACUGCAGCCUGCACUGGCUCACGGUCUCGCUGUGGCGGUGCUGAUUGCAUGUAUGGCAGAGAUCAGUGGUUCACAUUUCAAUCCAUCGUUCACCAUAGCCGUCUACCUCUGCGGUGGAAUGGAGCUGAAAAUGGUGGCGCCAUACCUCAUCUCUCAGCUUGCUGGAGGUUUACUUGGUGCAGUCAUGGCCAAUGGAAUGACCUCAAAUGAGAAAUAUGCACAAGCUCAAGGUGCGGCAUUUACGGUUCUCCAAGCUGAUGACCAUAUUCUGAAGCCGUUAUUUGGAGAAAUUGCCAUGACGUGUCUAGUUACCAUGGUGGUCCUGCUGGGUGCGGUUAAUGCCAAGAGCAAAAGUCCUUUGGUCCCAUUUUUGGUGGGCUGCACAGUCAUUAGUAAUAUACUAGCAGGUGGUGAUGUGUCUGGUACGUGCUUGAAUCCUGCCAGAGCAUUGGGUCCUGCAGUGCUGACCAACUAUUGGACUCACCACUGGGUUUACUGGGUGGGACCGAUUACCGGUGGCCUUAUCGCUGCUGCAUUAGUCAGAAUUUUGCUUGGAGACAACACCACCCGUCUACUGAUGAAGUAACAUUCAGUACUCGUCUUUCAAACAGACCUUUGGAUUUUAAUUUUCUUAAUUUUCUGUCUUUUUUGAGUGCACAUGAAUUGAACUUAUUUUAAAAUAUAUAUAAGGAUUUGACCAUUUACAUUUUGUUGCCAGCCAUAAUAAUUCAAUAAAAAUGUAAGGUAGUAAUUUGUAAAUCCUGCUAUGUGAAGCUGGAAUAUAUGGCCAAAGAAUGUUCAGGUGAAUGAAAUUAGUAUUUAGAAUUUUGUAUUUUAAAGGGAUAGAUAGUUCAUCCAAAAAUGAUAGUUCUGAUAGUUGAUUGAUGAUAGUUACCCUCAUGUUGUUCCAAACCCAUUAGACCAUUUUAGGAGCACAAAUUAAGAUUUUAUUUUGAUGAAAUCGAGAGCUUUCUGACCCUUCAUAGACAGCAAAGGUCUCAUGGUCAACAUAUACUCACAUAUACUUAUCAAUUAAAUUAUAUUGACGCUUGUCGGCGUCAACUGCCUCGUGGUUAGCGCGCUAAGAUAUAGCGCGGUUGCGCGGGCAUCCGAGUUCGAAUCCCGGCUCGUGGACCUUUCCUGAUCCCACCCACUUCGCUUCCUGUUCAACUGCACUGUCCUAUCUAAAUAAAGGCAUAAAAACGCCAACAUAAAUUAUGUUCACACUUUAGUUUAUACAAUCACAGUAUUCUAUUAUCUUAUGUUCAUUCAUUCACUUUGUUUAUACCUUACGUUACCAAUUUAUUGUGAUUAAUAAAUAGAAUAAACUCUUCAAUACAAAUUAAAUGACUCUCUUUCACAUAUUUGGCAAGCUCAAAAAGGUACUUACUAAAUAUGUAGCAAAAACAUGUUCAUAUGUUUCUAUAUAAUAAGUGUUUAUUCACUAAAAUUGUGUUUGAGUCUGUUACCGUGUGGAUUUAACACGGGUUAUACAUGAACAGAUUUUGGGAAGCUUUAAAGGUGAUGUCAAAGGUGAUGACCCUGUCAUAUCUGUCACUAGUUAGUUAGUGAGGUUAGUCAUCAGCUGAGUAAAAGAAGUGGACAAGGGAACUAUUGGUAAUACUUUAAAUCCACUACAAAAAAUAACGUAAUCAUUAGCCUACAUGAAAAAGAAACCAUUUUAAAUUCAUUAUACAAAUAAGUCUAUGAAUUUAUAACUUUUAAAGAAGAUAAACUUAGUAUAAACUUAAUAAAGGAGUUAAACCAUAUAAUAAGGGUAUAUGUUGAAUUAUGUUAUUCUUAGAAAACUAGCAUGAAACUAGGUCUCGCCUGACGUAAACGGUCGAAAAGUGCAAGAGACUUGUUUCUUUUUUUGUUCACUUUUUUUUCAGUAAAACGACAUAUAUUUUUAAAGGUCCGAAAUUGGCGAAAUAUAUGUUUACUUUUUUAGCGAAAUAUAAAUCUCGAUAAUAUAGGUG